GAUGAGGGCCUCACGGAUUUUGCACGGACUGGGUUUCACACCUGCCAUGCAGCGCAAGAAGCUAAAAGACUUCAGUGGAGGCUGGAGGAUGAGGGUUGCCCUUGCCAGAGCCCUCUUUAUUCGGCCCUUCAUGCUGCUCCUGGAUGAGCCCACCAACCACUUGGACCUAGAUGCUUGUGUGUGGUUGGAAGAAGAACUAAAGACUUUUAAACGCAUCCUGGUCCUUGUGUCCCAUUCCCAGGACUUCUUAAAUGGUGUAUGUACCAAUAUCAUCCAUAUGCACAACAAGAAACUUAAGUAUUACACGGGUAAUUACGAUCAGUAUGUGAAGACUCGGCUGGAGCUUGAGGAGAACCAGAUGAAGAGGUUUCACUGGGAGCAAGAUCAGAUUGCACACAUGAAGAACUAUAUUGCUAGGUUUGGUCAUGGCAGUGCCAAACUGGCCCGACAGGCUCAGAGCAAGGAGAAGACACUGCAGAAAAUGAUGGCAUCAGGACUGACAGAGAGGGUUGUGAGUGACAAGACACUGUCAUUUUAUUUCCCACCAUGUGGCAAGAUCCCUCCACCUGUCAUUAUGGUGCAAAAUGUGAGCUUCAAGUAUACAAAAGAUGGGCCUUGCAUCUACAAUAAUCUAGAAUUUGGUAUUGACCUGGACACUCGGGUGGCUCUGGUAGGGCCCAACGGAGCAGGGAAGUCCACACUUUUGAAGCUGCUAACUGGCGAGCUGCUACCCACAGAUGGAAUGAUCCGAAAGCACUCUCAUGUCAAGAUAGGGCGUUACCAUCAGCAUUUACAGGAGCAACUAGACUUGGAUCUUUCACCUUUGGAGUACAUGAUGAAGUGCUACCCAGAGAUCAAGGAGAAGGAGGAGAUGAGGAAGAUCAUUGGGCGGUAUGGCCUCACUGGGAAACAACAGGUGAGCCCAAUCCGGAACCUGUCAGAUGGGCAGAAGUGCCGAGUGUGUCUAGCCUGGCUGGCCUGGCAGAACCCCCACAUGCUCUUCCUAGACGAGCCUACCAAUCAUCUGGACAUCGAGACCAUCGAUGCACUGGCAGAUGCCAUCAAUGAGUUUGAGGGUGGUAUGAUGCUUGUCAGCCAUGACUUCAGACUCAUUCAGCAGGUUGCACAGGAAAUUUGGGUCUGUGAGAAGCAGACAAUCACCAAGUGGCCUGGAGACAUCCUGGCCUACAAGGAACACCUGAAGUCCAAGCUGGUAGAUGAGGAGCCCCAGCUCACCAAGAGGACCCACAAUGUGUGAACCUUCAGCCAGACUUGGGUCAGGACCACCACUGGGGACUGCCAGCUGCCACCUGACCAACUGCUCAGGACAGGACCCUGGGGCUGCACUCCCGCAUUGCUGCAAUACUGCCCCCAGCCUCUCCCCGCCUCAGCCUGCCUUUGCUGCACUCUGUUACCUUAACUACAGCUGGACAGCGCCUGUCUAUUUCUCAUCCUCCUUCCAAUUCCAUCUGUCCAUGUCUGGACUCAGCUGGCUGUUCCUUCCAGCCCCUUGCCGGUUACCUUGCCAUGAGAGAGCUGCAGCAGAGGUACCUGGGUCAGCCCCAGGGCCCAUGCUCUGGAUCUGGCCUGUGACGGAGUUUAAGAGCCUCAUUUCCUGGGUUUUGGUGAUGUUGGAGGAAUACUUCCCAGACCACCACCCUCAUUCCUUUUUGCUUCCAGUUUGGAGCUCUGGACCAGGAUCUUAGUUCUGGUCAGUUUUUAAAUAGUUAUUUAAGAGUGUAACUUUUAGACCUGCGUGACAUCUACAAAGCGUCCAAUAAAGAAAGAGGAAGCCACAGUCUCU